AUGGCAGUCAGGUCACCCUGGGGCGGGAAUCACUCCAAGGAAUUUAUUGUGUGUGUAUGUUUUGUCCGCAGGAUACUAGCGGUGGCGCUGGCACUGUCCGCGGUGGCAGUGAUCGGUGGCGAAGGGCAGUUCCUGGCCUUCGACCAGCACGCGACCGACUGUGCACUGUACGUACACGGGCCGGGCAAGUCGUCCGCCUUCGACUACAACCUGAACCUGUUCCGCGGCGCAAUCGCGCAACCGGGGCAUAACGCCGAAGCGACCACCUGCAUCACGUACGAUGCCAUCAACCAGGCGUACGUGGACGCCCGGAAGCGGAUCCGCGUGUCGCAGCCGAAAGGUGACUGGAAGACGGAAGACAUCGCAACCGUCGGCGAGCUGCUGCUGGACAUCUCGAUCCAACUGGCACGGACCUAUGGACUAUCGUACGAAGAGAUCGAGAAGGGUCUACCAUCGAUCGACACCUCGAAGACGCUCGUACGGGAGGUGUGUCCCGCGUUCCUGUCCGGGGUUGAGUGCCGGCCGGGCAAGUACCGGCGGGUGGACGGGCUGUGCAACAACCUGAAGCACCCGACGUGGGGUGCCGCGAUGACACCGUUCCAGCGGCUGAUCGGUCCACUGUACGCGGACGGCAUUAACGCACCGCGCAUCUCGGUGGCCGGGCACGAGUUGCCGCUGUCGCGGGUCGUGUCCCGUACGAUCCACCCGGACGAGGGGUACCACGAUCACGCCGGCACCGUGUUCGUGAUCGCGUGGGGCCAGUUUAUGGACCACGACUUCACGCUGACCGCCACGCCGCUCGAUCCGAUCAACCGGAACGAUCCGGAGGAGUGCUGCAAGCGGCCGCCGCAUCUGAAGCACCCGUACUGCAACGAGAUCCGCGUGCCGGACGACGACUACUUUUACCGGCUGUUCGGCGUCAAGUGUAUCGACUUCGUGCGCGGCUUCCCGUCGCCGCGGCCCGGCUGCCGGCUGGGGUCGCGCCAGCAGUUCAACACGCUCACGUCCGUCAUCGACGGCAACACGAUCUACGGGGUGAACGAGAAGUUUACGCGCAAACUGCGCACCGGGUACAACGGGCUGCUGCGCAUGAACCCGGUGUUCGCGGAGUACGGGCUGAAGGACCUGCUGCCGCUCAAGCUGGACGUGCCGGACGAGGGCUGCACGCGCCCCAACAAGAGCAUGUUCUGCUUCGAGGCGGGCGAGAUCCGCGUCAACGAGCAGCUGGUGCUGACCUGCAUGCACACGCUGCUCGCCCGCGAGCACAACCGCAUCGCGACCGAGCUCGGCAAGCUGAACCCUCACUGGGACGACGAGACGCUGUUCCAGGAGGCGCGUCGCAUCAACAUCGCCAUCAUCCAGCACAUCACGUACAACGAGUUCCUGCCGAUCCUGCUCGGCAAGGAGGUGAUGGAGAAGUUCGGGCUGCUGACGCUGAAGGAGGGCUACUGGGAUGGGUACGACGAGACGGUUAAUCCGGCGAUUAUCGACUCGUUCGCAUCGGCCGCGUUCCGCUUCGGCCACUCGCUGCUACCGACCGCGGUCGAGCGCUGGUCGAAGGCACACAAGUUCAUCGCGUCCAAGCGGCUGUCCGAUCUGAUCCGUCGCCCGUACGACCUGUACCGGGCCGGUGUAUACGACGAGUACCUGAUGGGUCUGAUGAACCAGGUCGCCCAGGCGAUGGAUGACUCGAUCACGCAGGAGGUCACCAACCACCUGUUCAAGAAGGAGGGCUCCCGCUUCGGCAUGGAUCUGGUCUCGUUCAACAUGCAGCGCGGCCGAGAGUUCGGUGUCCCCGGCUACAUGGAGUUCCGCAAGUUCUGUGGUCUGCCCACAUCCGACAACUUCGAGGAGCUGUUUGGCUCGAUGCCCAACGAGACCGUGCGACGCUACGAGAGCAUCUUCGAGUACCCUGCCGACGUCGAUCUGUGGUCGGGCGGUGUGUCGGAACGGUCGCUGCCGGGCUCGAUGCUGGGGCCGACCUUCGCGUGCAUCAUCGCCACGCAGUUCAGCUACGUGCGGCGGGGUGACCGCUUCUGGUACGAGCUGCCCAACCAGCCGUCCUCGUUUACGCCCGAGCAGCUCCAGGAAAUCCGCAAGGCCAAGCUGUCCCGGCUGAUCUGCGACAACACGGACCUCAUCGAUACGGCCCAGAUCUACCCGAUGGUGUUGCCCGAUCACGAAAUCAACCCACGUGUGCCAUGUAAGAGCGGAAUUCUUCCGUCGAUCGAUCUGUCCAAAUGGGCCGACUACGGUCACGAGACCCACUCGCCGCAUCAGUAUCAAUUCUUGAACGACAUACCGGAAACGAUUGGAUUUAAGAAAUAAGCGACGAGCAGCGGUGCCGAUGAAGUAACACUAAAACGAAACCGCCAGCAAAUCCGCAAAACCUAAUGUGUACCCUUGAGAUUCACUGCAUGUAUCACCAUCACCUCUUCAUCGCCCUCAUACUUACGCGUAUCGCCCAUCCAUCCAAUAGUCAAGAGCGAAAGUGAAACCCGGAGGCGCAGCAACGAAACGAAUCAAGUCGCUGCUCCGGUUCAGCUUCCGCUACGAUUUAAGCUUGCAGUUUUUAAGAGUUAAGCCCAUUUAAGAUGAAACCCGCCACCCCUUGUCACUCCACCUAGCAAAUGCCAUCCCAUCUCACAUCUUACGACUCUCUGCCCGUCCUCCUGUUCCACUGUACUAUACACCAUCGCAAUCGUACUCGUAGUGUGUGCGACUAAAAGGACACCUUCGGAACCAUCGAACCAUCGAACAGGCUCCCGAAACGCAUUUAACACGCACGCACGCGCCAGGCGCGCCGCGCACUAGGUGGCAUAGGGGACGCGCUACGGAACGCCAAGAAGUCGUGUUUUUUCGGUGAGCCACGUCACGCGAUCCCAAACGAUCCUGAUCACCCGAAGUAUGGUUCAGCUGGAUGGUUUUUUGUUUUUCAUUUUAAUAUAAGAAGAUUCAUCGAAAAUGAUGUACGCACGAUGUUAUACCUAUGUCCUAGUUUUUUUGUUGUUUCGGUUUACGUUUUCUGGUUACAAUUUCCAGCGGCCUCU